UAUAAAUGGAAUUGAAUCGCCUUCUUCCUCGAGAAAUCUCAAAAGAAACCUAACAGAACAGCACGACAGAGAGAAACACAGAAAAUGGUGAAGGUUCGAAUGAACACGGCCGAUGUGGCCGCAGAGGUCAAGUGUCUGCGACGAUUAAUCGGAAUGCGUUGUUCCAACGUCUAUGAUCUCUCUCCUAAGACAUACGUGUUUAAGCUUAUGAACAGUAGUGGAGUUACUGAAUCUGGGGAGAGCGAGAAGGUUUUGUUGUUGAUGGAAAGUGGUGUCAGAUUGCAUACCACAGAUUAUGUUCGGGACAAAAGUAACACUCCUUCCGGGUUUACUCUCAAAUUGAGGAAGCAUAUACGCACAAGAAGGCUUGAGGAUGUGCGACAACUUGGAUAUGAUCGGAUAAUUCUCUUUCAAUUUGGAUUGGGUGCUAAUGCACACUAUGUCAUAUUGGAGUUAUAUGCCCAAGGAAAUAUUAUCCUCACUGAUUCUGAGGUCACGGUCCUGACUCUUCUCCGGUCGCACAGGGAUGAUGAUAAAGGCUUUGCAAUUAUGUCACGACAUCGUUACCCAGUGGAAAUUUGUCGAGUUUUUGAACGAACUACCAUGACAAAGUUGCAGGCAGCUCUUACAUCCUCAAAAGAACCUGAUAAAAAUAAAGAUAUAGAGGGUACUGAACCUGGAAAUAAUGUGUCUAAUGAACUAAAAGGAAAGCAAGGUAGCCGUAAAGGUGCGAAAUCAUCCGAGUCUAAUAAAAAUGCAAAUGAUGGUGCCCGUGCCAAGCAAGCCACAUUGAAGGUUGUUCUUGGGGAGAUAUUGGGUUACGGGCCUGCACUAUCUGAACAUAUCAUUCUAGAUGCUGGUUUGGUUCCAAGUACAAAAGUUGCUGAGGAUUUCAAAUUAGAUGAUGAUGUCAUUCAGGCUCUGGCUCAGGCUGUUAUAAAAUUUGAGGAUUGGCUAGAGGACAUUAUAUCAGGUGAUAGAGUUCCAGAAGGCUACAUUUUAAUGCAACAGAAAAUUGUGGGGAAGAAGAACUGCACCUCAUCAGAGCCAGGAACUUCAGACCAGAUCUAUGAUGAAUUCUGCCCCCUAUUGCUGAACCAGUUCAAGUCUAGGGAUUCUGUGAAAUUUGAGACAUUUGAUGCUGCUUUGGAUGAGUUUUACAGUAAAAUUGAGACUCAACGGUCUGAACAACAGCAAAAGGCAAAAGAGGGCUCAGCCAUGCAGAAACUUAGCAAAAUUCGCACGGAUCAGGAAAAUCGUGUGCACACAUUGAAGAAAGAAGUUGAUCGUAGUAUUAGAAUGGCAGAAUUGAUAGAAUAUAAUUUAGAAGAUGUGGAUGCUGCUAUUUUAGCUGUUCGUGUAGCUCUUGCCAAUGGUAUGAGUUGGGAAGAUCUAGCUCGAAUGGUGAAAGAGGAGAAGAAAUCUGGAAAUCCCGUGGCUGGUCUCAUUGACAAGCUCCAUCUUGAAAGAAACUGUAUGACACUGCUGUUGAGCAACAAUCUCGAUGAAAUGGACGAUGAUGAAAAGACACAACCUGUGGACAAGGUAGAAGUUGAUCUGGCACUUUCAGCUCAUGCCAAUGCUCGGCGAUGGUAUGAAUUGAAGAAAAGACAGGAGAGCAAACAGGAAAAAACUGUUACAGCUCAUGAAAAAGCCUUCAAAGCUGCUGAGAGAAAGACUCGUCUCCAGCUUUCACAGGAAAAAACUGUCGCUGCAAUUACACAUAUGCGCAAAGUUCACUGGUUUGAGAAAUUUGAUUGGUUCGUCAGCAGCGAAAAUUAUUUGGUUAUUAGUGGACGUGAUGCUCAGCAAAAUGAGAUGAUAGUCAAGCGUUAUAUGUCAAAAGGAGAUCUGUAUGUCCAUGCAGAUCUCCAUGGAGCUUCUAGCACUGUGAUAAAAAAUCACAAGCCUGAACACCCUGUACCCCCUCUCACUUUGAACCAAGCAGGAUGUUUCACUGUUUGCCACAGCCAGGCAUGGGAUUCAAAGAUUGUCACUAGUGCUUGGUGGGUAUAUCCUCACCAGGUCAGUAAGACUGCUCCUACGGGGGAAUAUCUUACAGUUGGGAGUUUUAUGAUCCGCGGGAAGAAGAACUUUCUUCCUCCACACCCUCUUAUUAUGGGCUUUGGGAUAUUAUUCCGUUUGGAUGAGAGUUCUUUGGGAUCUCAUUUGAAUGAAAGGAGGGUAAGAGGUGAGGAGGAAGGGAUAAAUGACAUUGAAGAAAGUGGACCUGUGGAAGAAAUAUCUGAUUCUGAUUCAGAGAAGGAAAUCUCAGAUGAAAGACAUACAUUAGAGUCACAAAGCAACCUAAAUUCAUCAAUAGAUCAUACUAAAUCAGUAUCAGGGGGCUCACCAUCUGAAGUUAGCUCUGUUAGUGACUUGGGUACUUCUGAUGUGAAAGCUGAAUUUCCUAUCGAAGAUAGAACUACCUUAAAUGGUAUUGAUAAUGAGAAUGUAUCUGUAAUUGCUGGAGAAAGUGUUUCUUCUGUCUCCCCACAACUUGAAGAUCUCAUCGACAAGGCUCUUGAGCUUGGAUCUUCUACUGCAUCUGGUAAAAAGUAUGGGCACCAAGCUUCUCAAAUAGUUUCGGCAGAGGAACAUAAUCAUGAAGAGAAGAAGGCAACUGCAAGAGAGAAACCUUAUAUCUCAAAAGCUGAAAGAAGAAAGCUCAAGAAAGGCCAGAAAAAUAGUACUGUAGGUGCUAUCAUUGAACAUGAAAAAGAAGAGAAAAGUACUGGUGAUGUGAUUGUUGAACAUGAAAAAGAAGAGGUAGAAGAUGAUAAUUAUAGUGUCAAUCAGUCUGAAGAAAAUGUUGUAAAUUCAAGGCCAGGUGGUGGUGGAAAACAAAGCCGUGGGCAGAGGAGUAAACUCAAGAAGAUGAAAGAGAAAUAUGCAGACCAAGAUGAGGAAGAAAGGAGCAUCCGUAUGACUUUACUGGCUUCUGCCGGAAGAGUGCAAAAGAAGGAUAAGGACUCACAAAAUGAAAAGGCAGCUGUUGGCAAAGGAUCGGAAGUUGUUAAGGGCCUUGAUGAUGCUCCAAAAUUAUGUUAUAAAUGUAAAAAGCCAGGUCAUCUGUCUCGAGAUUGUCAAGCACACCCCGAAGUGCUUGUGCAUGAUCAUGCAAAUGGUGGACUCAAGGAUAAUCCCAACGGCAGUUUGGAUAAUACUGCUAAUGAGAUGGACAAGAUAGCCAUGGAGGAAGAAGACAUUAAUGAGAUAGGUGAAGAAGAGAAAGAGAAAUUAAAUGACGUGGAUUACUUGACUGGUAAUCCACUGCCUAAUGAUAUUCUCCUAUAUGCUGUGCCUGUUUGUGGUCCUUAUAGUGCAGUACAAUCAUACAAAUAUCGUGUUAAGAUAAUUCCUGGCACGGCAAAGAGAGGAAAAGCUGCGAAAAUGGCCAUGAACUUGUUCGGUCACGUGCCAGAAGCAACAAACAGAGAGAAGGAACUGAUGAAGGCAUGUACAGAUCCUGAGCUGGUUGCUGCAAUUAUUGGCAACGUAAAAAUCGCAGCUGCAGGGCUUACUCAGUUGAAGCAAAAACAGAAGAAAGGCAAAAAAACAAACAAGAAACAAGAAACUUAGUCAUCUUAUGAGAGGAAGAAAGCAGAAGUUCGAAAACCGGUCUCCAUAACUGGUCCUUACAUUGACACCUUUGUACAAGAAAAAUGAUAUUGGUGUCUCUGAUACUGAAUCUUUUAGUGCAAGGCUACAACCAUGUGUUUCAUGUAGAAGUCAUUGUAUGGAUGGGCAAAAAUUAUUGUUUUGAAUACAUACACAUGUAAUAGAGAUUUUUUGUUUUUUUUUGCACUACCGUCAUGAUGCCACACUCACAUAAAUGCAGUCGGAUGUUGAUGUCUCACUCAUAUAAAUGCAGUCUUUCGGACCUUGUAUCUCUGACUCUUCAUUGUUGAAUACAUUUGGAUCCUAGUUGGGGAGUUGGAUGUUGAUA